CGCCGUUGCCGUAACGUCGACCACUCCGCAACACCAGCAGCGGCAACAGCAAUAACAAGUGCGAGUGUUUUUGUUUUCGUUAUCCGUACCUGAGAUAUACACACACACACACACACACGACCGACGAUAGUAGUAAAUACGUACCGUACGUGCGUAUCGUUUCGCGACAAUCGUCAAUGUUACGCCGCUUUUCGGAGUGUAAUCGUUUUUGGAUUUUACUCUUCGCCGUUUAUCCGAAUUGCGGACGGCCGUCCGUCACACCAUAGUUAUUGUCAAUUUCUGUUUGUUUUUUUCGCCUCCGCAAUUGACGGGAGUCGAAAUUUUGCAUUAUCGGACCGUGUGUCGGGUAUAUUUUUUCUUAUCGUUAUCGUUUCGAACGGAAAACCCAAUUGGGAAACGUGUUGACGGAUCGAAACUCCUGAUGAAUUAUGGCAAAAAUCAAAAUCCAUUAUGAUAUGCGAUCAUCAUCGUCGUCGCCGUCGUCGUCGUCGUCGAUUGUGUGUACUGGUCGACCGCGUUACUAGUGCGACCGUUCAAAGGCAGUGAUCGCGUUGUCGUGUGCGAGUCGAGCCCAAGACCACCGUUGCAUGAAAAUCGACGUGUCGUUUGAUUAUGAUAUGUGAAAAAUAUGGCUCACGCAUCACUACAUCCGACAGACAGAGCAGAUAACAACCAGCUGGUCAAUCGUUUGGUGCGGGUCGGUUACUAUGAGUUAGAGAAAACUAUAGGCAAAGGCAAUUUCGCAGUUGUGAAAUUAGCCAAACAUGUCGUGACCAACUCUAAGGUUGCUAUCAAAAUCAUUGACAAAACACAGUUAAAUGAAGAUAACCUGAAAAAAAUAUUCAGGGAAAUUCAGAUUAUGUCCAAACUUAGCCAUCCUCACAUUGUUAGAUUAUACCAGGUCAUGGAAACUGAAAAAAUGAUUUAUUUAGUGACUGAAUAUGCUGCUGGAGGAGAAAUUUUUGACUAUUUAGUGAAAAAUGGAAAAAUGGAUGAACCAUCUGCAUGUCAUAUAUUUAGACAGAUUGUUGAAGCUGUUAGUUACUGUCACAAAAAAAAUAUAGUUCAUAGAGAUUUAAAAGCAGAAAACCUUCUUUUAGAUAUUGAUAAUAAUAUAAAACUAGCAGAUUUUGGAUUCAGCAACCAUUUUCAUGAAGGAAAGUUACUUUCAACGUGGUGUGGCUCUCCUCCUUAUGCUGCUCCAGAAUUAUUCCAAGGACAAGAGUAUGAUGGUCCUAAAGCUGACAUAUGGAGCUUAGGUGUUGUACUAUACGUAUUAGUUUGUGGAUCUCUUCCAUUUGAUGGAAAUACUUUGAAAGUUCUUCGUGCAAAUGUUCUUUCUGGAAUGUUUCGAGUGCCAUAUUUUAUGUCAGCUUCAUGUGAGCAUUUGAUUCGUCACAUGUUAGUGAUAGAACCCGAGAAGAGGCUAAGUCUGAAUCAAAUUGUUUCCCAUAAAUGGAUGAAACAAUUGGCUGAACCAACUACUGAAAUACAAGUUGAUGUUAACCCAAUGAUGAACACUGCUAUUAUAGAACUUAUGUUACAGUUACCUGGAUUAGAUAAAGAUAUGAUAGUAAAUUCUGUACAGCAAAAAAAAUUUGAUCAUGUUAGUGCAAUUUAUCAUUUACUUGUUGAUAAACUAGACUCAACAUUCAAUGACCACUGUAAUAGUAAUAAUAACCCACAAUUUACUGAUGCAUCAGAAGAAAACGAUUCAACAGUUCAAAUUAAUUCCAACGUCAUAGAGAAUUUGCCUUUGUAUUCAAUGUCACUUUAUGGACAAGAUGGAUCAAUCUAUGACAGCCAGCAGUUAGAAAAAUAUGGAGAUGUGGACAUCAGUGACACUGCUACUUCUAGUAAAGUACAAGAUCAUCCUAAUCCUGUGACUACACGUCGUCAUACGGUUGGCCCUGGAAAUGGUCUUAUAACUCAAAUUAUGGAAUCGACUUAUAUAACAAACCUUCAAACUGGGUGCAAUGUUAAUGUGUUACCAAACACCAAUUUACCAAUGAAUAUUCCAUUAGUUGAAUUUCAGUCUCCUAAAAACUUCACUAUUAAAGAUCAGCAUUUAUUAAAACCUCCACCAGUUAUGGGAGCGAAUAGUAAUUUUGGUAGACGUGCAUCCGAUGGUGGUGCUAAUUUACAAAUGGCCCAACAUGUUGCUUGUACAUUCAGUGAACCAAGCAGUAAAGAAGAUUUGAAAAAAGAAAAAAUUGAUACAACCGAUAUCAGAAAUGUGAUGAUGGAUCAAACUAGUAAAAGAAAUUUGUUGCCUGAUGAAAAUACUAAUUCAGUUAGCUCCUCAAGUCGAUUUUCUAAAGUUAUGUGUAGUACAUCCAGGCAUGCUAUUGGUAUAAUAGAUGAUAGCCAAAAUCAACAGAGCAAUUUACCCAAUACCAGAACCAGACGUAGUGGUGUACUCACAGUUAUGGAUAGACCUCCAGUUAUUAGUCCUGAAGUGGUACGUGAAGUAGAAGCACGCAUGAAUCGAGAAUACAUACCACCUCCAUUACCAGUAGUCAGCACUCAUAGACAUAACCAUCGUGUGUCUCAAAUUUCAGUUUUACCUACAGUACAAGAAUUACACCGACAUUCAGGUCGUGAAAGUUUAAAAGACGUAAGUAUUCAUUCAUCAUCUGAAAGAUACAGUCCCGUGCGAAGAACAAGUGAGCCGGUUGUUACAUUUGGUGAACCAAGUCAAGAACCCAAUAUACGUAACAUACAGCAGGAACAUAUUCAGUUACAACAGAAGUUAAGUGAAAACACCUUAGAUAUCUGGGGUCACGCAGAAUUACAAAUGCUUCAUACCUAUCAUUUACAAAGUCUACAGACAUUAACUGAUCAGCCCCCCUAUUUAAAUAUGAAUGCAAAUCAUCAGGGUAAUUCAUACCUACUUAGUCAACAUCUGCAAAAUUUAAACAUACAUCAAGGACCCGUUGUAGGAACUUCUCAAACUCAAGGUUCGAUCACUCAAGGUACUCCCAAUGUUAUAGCAAAUCACCAGAUAUCUGUGCCAUUGGAUUUGAGGACCAAUCAAAAAAUCAAUUCUCAACCCACCAUAGUUGUAGAAGACAACUCUUCAGAUUUAAACAAGCCAAAAUUGCCAUUAAAACCGGAUGUAUCUUUAACCAUUACAAAUGAAGAUGGCAACAUGAUGGAAGUAGAUACUCUGCAUAUGAAUUCUAAUAGAACUAUUACUAAUAUGACAAAUGGAGAUAUUAAAGAAACUCGUGUUGAAGAUCAUGAUAAUUAUCUGAAUGACAUUGACUUGUUUGCUUCUGACGACAAAGCAAACAUAAUACCGACUAUUGAUACUUGUAGGUUUUUGAAAAAUGCUCCACUUUUUUCUGAUUAUAUUCUUAAAAGAACUGCAAGUGAUGCUUUUGUUGUGGAUUUGUCUGACUUUUAUUCCAACUUCACUUCGGGUAAUAUUUUAAAUAUUGUCAAGUAUCUUAUAUCCUCCAAUAUUAGGUCUUGGCCUGUUGUCGACCGACAAAACGUUUUACAGUUCCCAACAGGAUUACAAAUACAGUUAGAAGUGUGUUCCAGUGACACAGGAGCUAAUUCAUAUUUAAAAAUUCACCGACUAUCUGGAGAUACGACUGAAUACACCAAUAUUUGCCAUAGAUUAGUUGAAGACUAUUUACCAUGUAACGAAUGAUUAUCUUUAUAAUUGAAAAUGUUACUAUUUUAAUUUUUGAUGGCUGUGCUACUUUUGUGAAUGCAAUUAAUUAUUAAUUAAUAUUAGUCAUUAGUUUUAAUAAGAAAAAUUAUCAAAUAAAUAAAUAUAUAUAUAUAUAUAUAGAACAUACAUGUAUAUAUAUGCAGUAUAUACACAUACAUGUUUACGUAUAAAUUUAUGUACAUUUUAUAAAGAGUACUAAAAUAUGUGUGUGUAUAUAUACAUAUUAUAUUGUGAAUUAUAUAAAUUAUUAAUUUAAAUUUUUUUGAAAUUACUGUCAUGAUGUUGUUAGUGAUACAACUUGAUUUAUAAUUUAAUUUACCAAACUUUUUCAACAGCAUAAUUUAUUAUACUAUUUUUAUACAUACAAAUAUAUACAUAUAUAUAUAUAUAAUGACCAAUAAAUUUAUAACAUAGUUUUUUAUGAUAUCAGAGAGCUGUUGAUAACGUAUUUUUGUAAACCAAAAAAGAAGGAAGAUUUUGUUUUUUCAAUUGUUAAUUUCAGUCAAAUGGCGUAUAUGCAAAAUCAGUCCUAUUUGACUUAAUUUGUCUUAAAGUUUUCACACAUUACACUUCACAAUAUUUUACUAUAUUCUAACAUGAUAGUUGUUGAGUAAUGUUUUGAACUCAUUUUAUUUUUGAAACUUUAAUAUUAAUUUUCUUUCUUAUUAUUAUAAAUAUAUUGUUAUUAUUAUAACAUUUUUUAAAUUUAAUCAACUACUAUUAUUACUUUUUUAGCUGCUUGCUAAUUUUAUGCAUUACCAUUCCAAUAAUUUAGUAAUAAGACCAUUUUAGAUUUCUUUUGUUAGUAUAAGAAACAUAUGUUGUUGAUUUGCUUGUGAAGCUUAUUUUUGUUUUGUUUUGUUUUGUUUUGUUAUCAUUAUUAUUAUUAUUAUUAUUUCUUAACAUGGUUUUUUUUAAUUAUUGAUCAAAAUAAGAUCUUUAACAUCUUCAUAAGGAAAUUGUGUAUAGUCUAUUGUUGUGCACUAUGUGUUAAUAUGAGAUUAUGCAAUUGUUAAAUAUUUUAUUUUAAAACUAUUAAAAAAAAAAUAUUAGCUACUUAUAAGUCUAACCCUACAAGGAUAAUAUAUUAUUGUUUCACCAUUACAUUCUAUUGAUUUUAAUCACAAUAUUUCAAUUCAAUAUUUUAAUAAUAAACCAUUUGACGGCGUGCAAAUUCUUUAUGAAAUAAUAUUUAUAAACAUGUAUUCUUUUGUUAACCAUAUCUCAUAAAUACUAUUUUUGUUAUUCCAUAUUUUUAGCCAUUUUAUUUAGUAUAUAUUAUUGCAAAUAAUAUUAUCAUCAAUUAACUGAAUUAUUUAUUAAUACACAGUAUAUAUAACAAAAUAAUCACUACUUUAAGCUCAAAAAUAUGGGAAAAAUGAUUUCAUGUUAAAAUAUUGUUAUGGUUAUUUUAACUAUAUAAUGUUAUACUUGGACAACAAUGUA